AUGUCAAAUAAUACUAUUACUAAAGGCGAAAUAACCAAUGGUGAAGACGCAAUUGACGAAAGUAUUAUGAAUGAUAUGAAAGAUAUAUUUCAAGAAAUUGAUCAGGCAGAACUUGAGCUCGCCAAACAACAAGUAAAACUUUUUACACCUAUUUAUGAAAAACAAAGAAAAGUUUUUGAAAGGAUUCCAAAAUUUUGGGCGCAAGCUUUGACCAAAAAUUCUCUUAUUGCUCAAUCAUUGUCAUAUGAUGAUUAUGAAGUUGUUCAAAAUUUUUCAUUGACGAGGAUGGAAAAAAAACUACAACGUCUACAACAAUCAAUUGGUUUAAAGAUAAGGCGAGAUUUUACUAAAGAAGAUGACGGUGAUCAAUGUUUUUUUAGAUGGGUAGCUGGAGAUUCUAUUGAUGAUAUGAAUUGGGAGAUAGGAGGAAUUAUAAAAGAUGAUUUCUUUCCCCAAGCUUGGAAAAAAUUUCUGAUGGAAAUCUGUGAAGGAAAACCAUCUUAUUGCAGAGGUUGCACAAGAUGUAUAUGUGGAUCACAAGAGAACACAGAUAUUUUUGAAAGUUAUGAUAUUUUGUCACAGUAUUCAAAAUGGUAUGAGGCUUUUAGAGUUUGGAAAAUUCAGAUGAAUUACAAUGAAGUGAGACAAUUUUGGAAUGAAGUUCACAUGGAUAACCAAUGUUGGAAUAUCUUCAGAUGCAACAGCACUUAG